AUGGACUCACCAGAAAAUCCUGACCCAACCUUUUCUGCAGGAUCUUUUUGGAUUUCCAUGGGAAAAAAUUCUCAGGAUUCAGAAAUGUUAACAAAGAACCUCAGCAAAUUGACGCUCAAUGCUUCUGCCACAAAAACUUCCCCUGCACCGGAAGAACCACCUCGACAGUCUGACAGAGUUGUCAAGAUGGUAAUCCAGAAGCCACAGGGGAGGAGAGGCGUAAGGACAAUGUUAUCUGAGCGGAGAGAGCGACUGGCCAAACUGAGAUUCCUACUAAAGUACCAGUAUUCCCAGGUUAAACAACGCAGAGGAGAUGAUCCUAAUGAAGUUAAGGGUGAAUCAAGAAGUGAGCCAUUCAGAUGUUGCUGCAGUUACUGCCUAGCUCAUGGAUGGGAUCCAUCGGAGAAUGCUAGGAUAGAAAUGGAUUACGACAAACAGUCAAUUUAA